CUCUGACGUCACGUAAACAGGAAAAAAGCGGCCAGUUCAACGACAGGAAAGUAAAGAAGUGAGCUCCAACUGCAUCGUCGGCCAGUUUACAACAAAAGUAGUAUUUUUAUGAAUAUUUUACGACACAUCGCGUGUCGUUGACUUCGUCAACUCCGUUGCAAGCUUUUUUUUGUUACCAUGACCACCUACCCGAUAUAAAAGCGAACUCUAGUGUUGAUGACGUACGUCACCCUUGUGGCUGUCCACCUGUUUUUGGAUUAUAAUCGCUUCGUGUUAUGGAAGAAAAGGAAAUAAGUUUGAUUGACAAGAGUAUUUCAAGCUUGCUGGAGGUUCCUCUGCGUCCCACCAUCACAUCGCUCAACCUGCACUGCAACCGCAUCCCGAGGAUUGAGGGCUUAGCAUCGGCGCUUCUCCUGAGACACUUGGACCUCUCUUCCAACUGCAUUGCUGUUAUUGAGGGUCUUGCUUCUCUCACGGCCCUGAGGACUUUAAAUUUAUCCUGCAAUGCCAUCACCAAGGUUGAGGGAUUGAACGGUCUGGUGAAUUUAACAAGGUUAGACUUGUCCUUCAAUCAAAUAAACGACCUCAGUGGCCUAUUGCAUCCCCACGGCCCCGGACGCAGGCUCAGGCACCUCAGUCUCCAUAGCAACCGUCUUGCCAGCAUUGAGCACCUCCUGCAGUGCCUGCUGGGGUUGCAGGGGUUGAGAGAGGUGUUUUUGAGCCACGGCGGCAAAGGCAACCCGCUGUGCAUGAAGCCAGGUUACCGUGAGAUGGUGAUGCAGUCGCUGCCACAAGUGUCAUUUCUCGAUGGAUCGGAUCGUCUGGGACAGCCAUCAUAUUCCCCGACGGACAGUCCAUGUGACAUCCCCGGGCUGGAGAACUACGUGGACCUCCUCCUGCUCUCCGAUGCCAGCAACAAUGAAGCGGGCGCUCUUGUGACCACACCCAGUAUAAGGGAAGUUCUGAGCCACUUUGGACAGAGCGUCACCCCUGAAGCCUUUGGCAAUCUGCUGGCAGCACCUGACAAGGAGCGCGUCCAGCAGGAGCAGCAGCAGGUCCGCACGGCCGACAUCGACCGAACAUUGACUAUAAACGAAGAGCGAGUCAAGAAACUGGAGCAGCAGGUGUCCUGCCUUGUUCAGCAGGUUUCUGCAAAGCACCAGUCCAGUCAAGCUAACGACUCUGCGGUCAAAGCUCGGAAGGACGUGAACGACACAGACCGCACGUCAGAAAGCGAGUACGACAGCGGCAAGGAAAACGGCAGCCGCUCCGCCAUCCCGAAAUACCGUAAGCCCGCGUCGACCAGGACAAGCAAGAGAUCAAACAGUGAUCAGGAGAAUCCGAAACAGAGGGUUACAAAACCUACUGUCAGGUGGUCCUCUGCCACCGCCAAAGGGCCCAUUGAUGCAUCUGUUCCGGCGAGGAGGGUCACGCCGAGAGCCGGCAAGGAGCCAAUCAAUGUGAAAUGCAAGUCUAAUGAGGAGGAAACCUAUAAGGCUAUUGUAGAAGAGCGAGACCAGGAGAGGGAGAGGCGCUGGAAGGCCGAGCAGGCCGUCACCAAGUUGACGGAGGAACUCCAGUGCCUGAAGACCAAAGUCGGCGAGGAAAAAGACCUGCAGAGUAUGGCCUUGCACACCACCGACAGGCUUAAAGACUUGCUACUGAAGGAGCGGUCGGGACGCUGCGAGCUGGAAACACGUGUGGAGCAGCUAGGUGGGAGGUGCCGCUCGCUGAGCCAGCAGCUGGAACAGGCUCGCGGCAGCGAGGAGCGUCACAAGCACGCGCUGCGGCGACUAGAGGAGGACGUCACCCACGGGGAGGCGCUGCGGGCUCGCCAGCAGGCCCAAGAGGUGAAGCGACAGCAGGAGCUGGAGAACAAGGUGGCGUCUCUGAAGCGCGAGUUGGAUGUCCAGAGAGCCAAAGUGCAGGAGCUGCACGAACUGCUGGCGUGCCGGGAACAAGAGCACAGAAAACAGCUGGGGAUGCGGCUGCAGCCGGGCGGGACGGACUUCUUGGCAGCAGUGGCAAGAGAAGUGGCGUCUGAGAGGCAAAGUCACGCUCAGAGGGAGGCUGAGUUGAAGGACAAAGUGGAGGAGGGCAAGAAAGCAUACGUGGCCCUGGAGGACGAAUUCCGCAUGGCGCUCACCAUCGAGGCGACGCGCUUCUCCGAGGUAAAGAAAGCUUGCGAUCAAAUGGCGGCAGAGCUGCCGGAGCUUCGAGCGACACUGGCUCAGUCGCAGCAAGCAGAAAAGAAAUCCGCCUCCCUGGUGCAGGAGCUCACCGUGUUGGCCAAGGAGCAAAAGAUUCGCAUUUCAGAGCUUGCCAACGCCAAGAGAGAUGCUGUUACUGAGUUCAAGAGGCGCGCUCAGGCUCUGGAGGCCGACCUGGCUCAGGACCGCCAUAUGCGCCUUCAGCUGGAGGCGCUCAAGAAGGACAAAGCGCGACUUUCGGCCCAGCUCGGCGCGCAGGAGUCGGUCAUCGAUGGACUGAGAGCCGAGAGGAGGCUUUGGGGGCAGGAGCUCGCUCAGCAAGGAGCAUCUCUGGCUCAGGAUCGCGGACGUCUGGAGGCCAGGAUUGAGGCCCUGGGUGCCGAGGUGGAGGCGCAAAAGAAACAGAUUGAGCGGGACAGCGACGCCCUCAAAAUCAAAAGCAAAAUCGUUGAGGAUCAAACGGAAUCCAUCCGCAAACUCAAAGAGACGCUGCAGGAGCGCGACGAGCAGGCCCGCAGGCUCCGCGACGACAAGGCCCGGGCCGAGAAGACGUUCCAGCGGCGACUCGAGGAGGACGCGUCUCGGCUGACGGAGCUGGAGGAACGCAUCGAACACCUCGUCGUGCGCAAGGAGGAGCUGAAGCAGCAGUUGGAGGACAAGGAGGCCCAAGGAGAAGAGGCAAAACGACUUCACAGUGAAUCUGCAAAAAAGUGGCAAGAAAAGGCUCAGCUGCUCACGCAACUGGAGACCCAAGUGAAGCGUAUGAAGGACACCUUCGACAACAAAGAACGCGCGCUCCUGGAAGAGAAUGAACAACUGAGCCAAUCACACAGAGCGGCGGUGGAGAAGCUGCGCUGCAUGGACGACGCCUUUCGCGCGCAGCUCGAGUCCCUCCAAGCCGCCCAUCAGGCUGAGCUGCUUCAGAUGGCGAAUGACAAGCACAGUCAGAUGGAAGAAGCCAAUCAGAAGGUAUUCGAAGUGGAAGAGGAGAUGCGUCAGCUACUGCUUGAAAUGGACGCCAACAAGAGGAUUACAGAGGAGAAAAUAAAACGUCUUAACAGUGUGCUAAAAGAUUUCAACUUUUAAAUUAUCUUGGUAAUGCGUCAAUUAAAAAACUGUAUUUGCUUUAUA